AUGUCAAAAGAUACUGGUAACAGAUUAUGGGGUGGUAGAUUCACUGGAGCCUCUGAUCCUUUAAUGGAUUUAUAUAAUGCAUCAUUACCUUAUGAUCAAAAAAUGUAUAAAGCUGAUUUGUUCGGUACAAAAAUUUAUACUGCCGGAUUAAAUAAAUUGGGUUUAAUCAAUGAUGAAGAAUUAAAAGAAAUCCACAGAGGUUUGUUGGUAAUUGAAGAAGAAUGGGAACAAAAUAAAUUCGAAGAAAAACCUGGUGAUGAAGAUAUUCAUACUGCUAAUGAAAGAAGAUUAGGAGAAAUUAUUGGGAAACAUAUUGCUGGUAAAGUUCAUACUGGUAGAUCAAGAAAUGAUCAAGUUGCUUGUGAUAUGAGAAUCUAUGUCAGGGAAAAUUUGAGUGAAUUGAGUAAAAUCUUAGCUCAAUUCAUCGAUACUAUAAUUAAAAGAUCAAAGGAAGAAAUUGAUGUUUUAAUGCCAGGUUAUACUCAUAUGCAAAGAGCUCAACCAAUUAGAUGGUCUCAUUUAUUAUCAAGUUAUGCUACAUAUUUUGUUGAAGAUUAUAAGAGAUUACAACAAAUCAUUUCUAGAGUUAAUUCAUCACCAUUAGGUGUUGGUGCAUUAGCAGGACAUCCUUAUGGAAUUGAUAGAGAAUUUUUAGCUACAGAAUUAGGAUUUGAAUCAAUAAUUGGUAAUUCUUUAACUGCUGUUAGUGAUAGAGAUUUUGUAAUUGAAGUAUUAUUUUGGUCAACCUUAUUUAUGAAUCAUAUUUCAAGAUUUGCUGAAGAUUUUAUCAUUUAUUCAACAGCUGAAUUCGGAUUUCUCAAAUUGUCUGAUGCUUAUUCAACUGGUUCAUCAUUAAUGCCACAAAAGAAAAAUCCUGAUUCAUUAGAAUUGUUAAGAGGUAAGAGUGGUAGAGUUUUCGGUGGAUUAGCUGGUUUCUUAAUGGCUUAUAAAUCUGUACCAUCAUCUUAUGACAAAGAUUUACAAGAAGAUAAAGAACCAUUAUUCGAUGCUUUGACUACUGUUGAACAUUCAAUCUUAAUUGCUACUGGUAUUAUCUCCACUAUGGAAAUAAAUAAAGAAAAAAUGGAAGGUGCUUUGACUAUGGAUAUGUUAGCUACUGAUUUAGCUGAUUAUUUAGUUAGAAAAGGUGUCCCAUUCAGAGAAACUCAUCAUAUUUCAGGUGAAUGUGUUAGAUUAGCUGAAGAAUUAAAAUUAUCCGGUAUUGAUCAAUUAACAAUGGAACAAUUUACAUCAAUCGAUGAAAGAUUUGGUGAUGAUGUUAAGGAUGUCUUCAGUUUUGAAGUAAGUGUUGAAAGAAGAACAGCUAUUGGUGGUACUGCCAAAUCAGCUGUCCUCAAACAAUUAGAAGCUUUACAAUCCGAAAUUAGUAAAUAG